UCUCAGAGUCGUCGCGCGCUCAUAGGCGUGUCAAAUCGCGAGCAUCUUCACGCAUUAGCUUCAGCGUUUCACCUCUCGGUAGGCUGUAAAAACUACGGGGAAACAAUAAGGGAUUCUAGGACUGUCGUCAAAGUUUGCUUUGGCUCUUCAAACCCGUGAACGGACCUCUGUGUUCAGCCAGUGUCAGCGAGCGGAGCAGGUAGAUGCUGUCAUGCCAUUUGGGUGCCUUGCCCUACGAGAUGGGAGGACGUACCACAGCCUUUCAGACAUCACCGAUAAAUAUGAGAUUGGGCAGGUCCUAAAGGCGAAGGAGUUUUGCGAGCUGUGCCUGGUAAAGGAACGGCAGACAGACAAGGUCUAUGUGUGCAAGAAAUUCCUCAAGAAAGAUGGCAAAAAAGUGCGGAAGGCUGCCAAGAAUGAGAUCAUGAUCCUGAAAAUGGUCAACCACCCAAACAUUCUGAAGCUGAUAGAUGCGUUUGAGACCAGAAAAGAGUUUUACAUCAUCCAAGAGCUGGCCACAGGUGGGGAUGUGUUUGAUUGGAUCCUGGAUCAAGGGAACUACACAGAGAGAGAUGCUGCUAACGUAAUCCGGCAGGUCCUAGAGGCAGUGGCUUACCUCCACUCCCUCAACAUAGUUCACAGGAACUUAAAGCUGGAGAAUUUGAUGUACUACACAGAGAAUAACCACAACAAAGUAGUCCUUCGUGAUUUCUAUCUCUCCCGGUUUGAGAAUGGCUCCAUCACCGAACCCUGUGGAACGCCAGAGUAUCUGGCCCCGGAGGUGGUGGCUCGACAUCGGUAUGGAAGGCCAGUGGAUUGCUGGGCCAUUGGGGUCAUUAUGUACAUGUUGCUGUCGGGAAAUCCUCCCUUCUACGAUGAGACAGAAGAGGAGAACACAGACAUGCACAAUCGUAUUAUCUUCUGCCGGAUUGUUGCUGGAGACUAUGAGUUUGACACUCCGUACUGGGAUGACAUAUCACCUGCAGCUAAAGAGUUGGUGUGUAGGCUGAUGGAAGUUGACCAGAUGCUACGAAUUACAGCACAAGAUGCCCUGUGGCACGAGUGGAUUGCUGGAAAUGGAGCCUCAGAAAAAAACCUGAAAGAUGGAGUGUGUGCACAGUUUGAGAAGAACUUUGCAAAAGCCAAGUGGAGGAAAGCGAUAAGAGUCACUACAUUCAUGCAGCGUCUUCGGGCCUCAGAGAUGGGCACUACAGAAGUGGCAACGGAGGGACAGAAGGGUGUCCAGGCUGAUGGUGGGGGAAAUGAAGGCGUCCCCACUGACUCGGGGGGAGGUUCAUCAGUGAGCAUGUCCAAUGAGGUGAUGGUGGAAAACACAUCAGUUGAUGAUCAAGACAGAAAAGUGCAGGAGGAGAAAGAGAUGGUAGUUACAAAUUCACUCUCAGAAAUGUCAAAGCCACUGGUACAAACAGACUCCUCAACUCAGACGCAAGGGGAGGAACAGGGCAAGGUGGUUGAGAAGAAAGCGACUGUGGAUGUCUCUCAAAAAAUGGCAGCUGUUUUGGGGCAAGACAAAACAGAGGCAUGCCAGGAACCCACCCCCAGUUUAUACACAAAAUUCUCUGACUGCCAAAGAAACAAAUUUACCACAGAGAAAGAAGCCACAGACAAGAAAGUAACACCCGAUACCCCAAACCGCCGCAGAAUGGCUGCCAACUUGUCUCUGGAUCAUGGGUUAGGGCAUGGUCCCAAGACUAGUAGUCCAGCUGUUGAGAAGGAACAGGCAGUAGCAAGAGAGGAGAAGGCAGAGGCAGCAGGUAAGCAGGAAAAAUCCCCUAGUAGUUGGUGUCAGACCCAGCUUCCAGAGACUGUAGCGGAGGGGCAGGUAGGUGUUGGGACGAUAGGAGAGAGUAGUCCUCGAGGUAGAGAGAGUGAAGGAGGCAGAAGAGACAAGUCAGGAAGACAUGCGCACAGUUUGUAUGCUGGUAUAGAUUCUUCAAGUUUGGGCCGUAAGAAGACUGUGUAUGUGCAAGAACAGAGAGAUACAAGCCAUGGUGCUGCGUGUAGGAUUCCAUAUUGUUCUCCUUACUCUGUUAGCAGUGGGGCAGCAUACGAUGAUCUACAAGGAGGAGAUGUCAGUGCCGACUGGCAAAUGGACAGUGUGAUCGAACAGAUAGAAAAGCAAAUGGUGGCUGUACUUGAGAAGAUUGAAGGCGAUAUGCCCUCCCUACUGGAGCAGAUCAGGGACUGUCCUGAGAGUUUGCCGAGAGCAAAAAGCGCUCACUCUUCUCCUUCAUUUCAUCAUCGCUCCUACCAAGAUCAUUCUACUCCACCACCCCUUCCUACCACCCCACGGCCACCCAUGCCCUCUCUACCACACCUCACCAUUCCCCCACCUUCCUACCCACCUCCAAACCCACCCACUCAAGCCCAAAGUCACAACCAAAUGGUCAAUGAGGAGGACGAUGGAGAUGGACAAAGGGGUACUGCGAUACUGAACCUGUCACCAAGAGGAGGGGCGUCAGGCAAAGGCUUAUGAAGCUUAUGUAAGCAAAAGUAAAUUGUAAGAGAAGCUAACAACAUAUCUUAGGAUGAGUCAUGGAUGUCAAAGGAGCAGCUUUGAAUCUGUACAAAGAUUUUUAAAAUCUAAAUUAUAGAGUAGCUCCUCUUUGCAUUUAGUUAAGAAGAGUCAUGACCAGCUGCAUUUGUACUGAAGAUGGUUUCUAGCAGAAAAGCACAAUUACAUGUUCGAGGCUCUGGGGACUGUUAUGAACACAAAAUUAUAGAGUAACAUCCCCGUAUGUGCAUUUUUCAGACAUCACUUAUAUACACCACGUAACAGUGGAACGUGAGAUGAGACUACUGCCUGAAAUACUUGUAAAUACAUCUAUUAGGCAUUAUAGAGAGCACUCAUAUUUUCCAUGAGUAAUUUCAUAACAUAAUCCAGUAGUCUACAUCUAAUCAGUCAGAAGAAAGGGUUUUUAGCUUGUGCACAUGACGCGCUUUAAGACAUGUACCGUGUAGAAUAAAGUUCAGCCUAAAAGAAAACCUGGGCGUAUAUUCUUCUUAGUGUUAAUGGUCAUUGUUUAUGAGUUACUUCAGCUAUCAUUGUCGGGUUAGUGCACCAUAACCAUCAACUGUCAUUCAUGGCACACAGCAUUCCCACUGAAAUACAGCACACUGGGGGCAACAGCCUGGGAAGAAUACUAUUUUGGAGAACUAGUUUCAAGAAUAUAUAUUUGCAACAUCAACUGAGAAAGUUACAUUUAUUUAUUCUUAUUCUGUACAGUUCAUCCUGUACAUAUUGUUUCUGCAUGUCUUUCUAAUCUAAUUUAUGUUUGUCCUAAUUGAUCGUAAUUUAGGAAGGCUAACCAGACAUUUCCCUUCACCUCUGAUUGGUUGUGAUACUGCUUCAUCCUACAUGUUUGGAUGACAAUUUCUUUCUCUCUUUUGUUAUUACACAUAUUACCAAUUUUAUCAAAUGUAUAGUUAUUUAAAACUCUUUCCCAAAAUGUACAAAUUUUAACAUUUCCAAAUGUACCAGCCUUACUUCUUUGCUCUGGUUCCUCUUUUCAAAUAUUUUGUCAUAGUGAUGUGAAUAUUCUUCCAAAGUACUUUUGCACUCUCUCUGCAAAGAUUUCAAUAAAAUCUAGAUGGUAUCACA